CCUUUUGUAACGCGCAGGGGCGGUGGAUGCGCUUUGUCGCAAGCGAAUGCGCAUCUCGCCAGACAGACUUGGUUUAGUCUCAGCCAGCACUUACACGGCUGUUUCCGCGAACACCCGACUUCGACUGCCUCCCUUGUUACACUCGCCCUGCCAUCCUCCGCCUUCCUUCGCCGCGAAGUGAGGCUCGAUAUCAGACCCCGACUUCCCGCCCUUUUUAGUUUCCCUUCUUCCUCCCGCCACCAUGUCGGCCACCACAGCCCACCAGCCUCCAGCCAUACCACCCAGGCCCUCGAGAAGUCAGGAGAAAGCAAACAUGCCUUUGAUCCCCCCGCGGCCCGUUAACCGCCACCUCGAGCGUUCUGUGAGCCCGAACCCCAGCCGCUUUGCGCCCUCUCCCUUGAAUGAGAGCCCCCUUGGGUCCAAGUCCUCUCCUGCCACUGGGCUCCGCUUCGGCUCGAGCAACGGCAAUGGCAAUGGCAACGGCCACAAUGGAAACCACUCCGAUCGCGCCAUACCCCUAGAUCUACCCUCAGUUGGUGAGGAGGGCAUGGAAUAUGCUGGGCUGGCCGACGAGUUGAAUACGAGCGCCCGCGAGCAGGCCAGCAGCCCCGAGCAGCUGCGGACCGUCGGAAAUGACGUCAAGCUCCACGCUCCGAAACCCUCGUUGCCUGCCUCGAGCGCGAAGCAGCGCGUUAUGGCUAUCACCCGCACCGACAGUGACCGGGCUGCCUCGUUUGGCAUUGGCAGGCCGAGCAGCGUUGAAGAUUUGACCCCGGCAUUGCCCUCCAACCGCAGCCUCAAAAAGAAGGCUAGCACUGCCAGCCAACUGUCGACGACAGACUAUACAGAUGACGAGCAGGGCAUCCCCGAGAUUGGCCAGCAGGUUCCCAUGUAUCCGAACGCUGGUGACGUCCAGGCUCCUUCCCCUGCGCCCGGUUCUGCCGCUGCUGAAGGAAUCAAGACGAAGCACCACAGUCGCAAGCUAUCGGCCCGUGGUGGAGCCUUGCCCCCCGGAAGCUACGGUCUUCACGGCCAUGGUGUCGUGGCCCAAGACAAGCUUGAGAAGGCCUACUUUGAGAAGCACCCCGAUCUCCUGAUGAAGGAACACACGCCGCAUCAUCAUGAUCGGCCUUACGACUUUUCCAUGAGCAGAGACGACCUAAACAAGAUUGUUAGGGACACCGCAAGCCGCGGCUCCGGUCUCGCUGUUAAGGAUUACGCGGGCACCCCCAGUGAUCAAGUCGGUUGGCAAGUCAUCGAGUCUGCCUCGCGUGUCGCAUCACCCGGCCCCAGCGAGGCUAAAUCUCCGCGCAAGCCUUCUUCUCUCGCUGGCUCAGACAAGGAAUCCCGCCGCGCAUCCGAGGCUGGAAACGUGAUUCAUGUCGAUGAGCCUAAUCGCCGGAAGUCGGUCAUGUUUAGCGAGGGCGAAUCGUCUGAAGUGGACGAGGAGGGACGUCAAUACAGCGCCCCUAUCCUUGCUGAGGACGAGCUGGCCAAGGAUCCUGGGCCGUAUGACCACCAGCCGGCAGUCGAGCCAACAGAACGUCGCGGAAGCGGCUACGAGAUUCAGGAAUCCACAAGCCGCCCUACGAGCAGGCCCGCAAGCUUGUACAAGGAGUCGUCGUUCGAAAUUCGCUCGACUCCUCUGGAAGAUGUAGAAGAGUACGAACCGCUAUUUGCCGAGGACGAGAAAGAAAAGACGAAGAAACCCGAGGCGGAAGAGAAGAAGUCUAAGAAGCAACGGUUUCCUAGCGCUGACAUCUGGGAGGAUGCGCCCAGUAGCGUGCACUAUACUGCAGAGGUGUCGACGCCUGAUUUGUACGACGAGCAGGAAAAGCCGAAGGAGCAAAUCGCCCCGCCGCCACGAGACGGCGAGACACCUGCCCAGGCAUUUGCGCGUCACCAGGAGGAGUUGGCUGAGAAAGAGACGCGUGAGCAUGGGCCGGAGGCGUUCCUGCCAAUGCGCGGCAAGCAAAAACCUGUCUGGGUGCAACAUAAGGCGCACCUCGCAACCGAGACGGCGGGCCGUCCCCCGCUUGGUCAGAGGUUCCCUAGUCGUGACGUAUGGGAAGACACACCCGACAGCCUGAAGUUGGAGACGACCGUGUCGACUCCGCAGCAAGACAAUGAGCAGUCGCCUGUUGAGUCCAAGUCGCCCGUAGAGUCCAGGUCGCCCGUGGAGUCCAAACUGGAGAUUCCGGUCCGGCCUCAACCCAAAUCGCCCGAGGCUUCCGAGAAGCCCGCAAUUCCCGAGCGGCCCAAGGCGUCGGGCGAUGAGAGUAAACCGGCGAUUCCGGCCCGUCCGAAACCCCACAUUCCAAAUCGCCCUGCCAAGGCCGGCCCCACUUCGGGCGGUCUGGAGCCUGCCGAGGCUGCCGCGCCUCCGCGUGCGAAACCGGCUGUUCCUGUCCGCCCCGUGGGCUCCAAGAUUGCUGCGCUGCAGGCCGGCUUUAUGAGCGAUCUCAAUAACCGGCUGCGGUUGGGUCCCCAGGCCCUGAAGAAAGAAGAGCCCGCGCCGGUAGAGGAGCCAGUUGAAGAAAAAGAGAAGGCCCCCCUGAGCGAUGCGCGCAAGGGCCGUGCCAGGGGUCCUCAGAGGAGAGCGCCUGUGGCGAGCGUCAGCCCUGCUCCCGCCGCCGCGCCCAAAGUAGACGAGCCGUUCAAGCUUGUCAUAGCGCCAGCGCACACCCUCUUUGAGGUCGAUCCUGACGAAGGCGUGUUAAGCGUCGGCGACAAGAGUGCCCUCGGACUCGACGGAGCAAAGGACGAGGAGGCGAAGGGCGAGGCGCAAAAAUCAGACACCUCAAGUAGCGUCUCUGUUCCGACCGCUGCAGGACCUGAAGAACAAGAGCAUGAUGGUGAGAACAAGACGGCUGAGUCCCAGACGGAAGAGUUCGGAGUGCCGCCGGCUGCUGAAGAAGAGAGCAAGACACUGGCUACCAACAUUGCGGGCGAAUCAGUCGUGGAAGAGAAAGUCAAGGCUGACGAGAAACACCAGGACGAGGUGGAGCCCACUCAUGCGGAGGAGCAUUGACGUGACUGACAUGACUAAAUGACUUGUGUGUUUUUAACAGGAAAACGAGCAAAAAAUCUAAUAAAAGCAGGGGGGUCUUGACUUUAAUUUUUCUGAACGGAAUGGGGUCGUGCUCCGUAGCUUAUAGGGGUU